AUGAACUUUGAUAGAAUAAACCCUCUAUCACACUACUUUUCAAACACAACCGCUACUGCACCCACCACAGCAUCAUCAGCCAAUGAAAUGAGUGAUUGGGGUAUUGAAGAACCGCUCUUUCUGCCAACAAGAAUCAGAUCAUCAACAACCACGGGUAGAUCUUCCACCAAUAGUAGUGUCAUUGGUUCAUCGACACGACAUCAUCCUCACGAGGAGGAUGAAUAUGGGUUGCAUUACGCGCCUCCUAAUCCUCAAUUUCUUAUGAAUUUGGGUGGUCAUCUGCAUAAACGACUGUCACUGAUUGCACGGCAAUUAUUAGAAGUACAAGAGGAAGUAGACAAGGGCCAUAUGUACGAGUUUAAAGACUUUUAUGAGGAAUAUUGUGGACAAGAUAUUAUACCCAAUACAGCCAAUUUUAGUAAAUUUAUCAAGAAAUAUUUAUCAUUAGAGAAGAGAGUUGGAGAUUUUUGGGAAAAGUUUAGAUAUAAUUUAAUUGUCAGUAAUUUAUUAGAAGAUUCCAUGAUUUUAUCUAAGCAAGAUCAAAGUUUAGCUAAUUUGAAACAAACAUUGGAACAACAGAAACAGAUAGAAAGAAGAGCAGGCUCUUCUUCAUUUAUUCAAUUUUUAAACUUUGAUGGAACAGAAUUGAAAAUUACUCAAAAACAAUAUCAAUUGAUAUAUAAUCUGAGAUAUAAUAAUAUUAAUUUGGUGGUAUAUGUAAUCAAUUUGAUUAUUUAUUUAUUAAAGCAAUUACAUCAUCGUCGACAUUCACCUCCGGAAGUGAAACAACGACAGUUGAAGUUAUUUAAAGUCAUAUUAAUAAUUUCCAUGAAAUUAAUCAAAUAUAGAAAAUUUAGAAUUAUAAUCGAUACAAAUAAAUUGCUUAAUUCUUUGAAUGAAUUCUUAAUGAAUAAUUACGUGAUUAAUAAAAAGUUAAUCUCCAACUUGAUCAAUUUGAAAGAACUUGAAAUAUAUAACUUCCUUCCCCAGAAUAAUCAUCUCGGUGACGCCAACCAAAGUUAUAAAGAUAAAUUGAAUAAUCAUUUACUUAAUUCAUUAUCAUUCUUGAAUUUGAACAUACAUACUGGAAUUAUUAAAUUAUUACCAUAUUUGAAUGGAGGUUUACUUGAACAAUAUUGUCAAUUAAAUAAUGUCAAUUUUGAAUCCAUAUCGCAGGAAUAUACCGGAAAUGAUCCAAUCCAAAGAAUAGUCUUUCAUAUUAAUAAAUUCAACCAAUCAAGGAAAUUAUUCAUUUGUCAAUUAUUAACCUUGAAUGAAACCCAAAUACCCACAUUCUUUAAUUAUAAACUAAUGCAACAAUUUGGAGUGGAUAUACUGGUCCAUGAAGAACCAUAUCUUCCAAUGACUCACAAAUUUGCUUUGUUGAAGGAUAUCCUUCAUGAUCAUAACGAAACCGUGACGAAUAUAAAUAGGCUCUUUAAUAAAUUUGAUACCACUUGCAAUCAACAACAUCACCAGCAAAAUAGAGAAAAUGAAGACAUUUUAAAACAGUCACAACAACCUGGAUCUCAAGAUAAUGAUGAAAUGUCAUUACGCAAUCUAGACCACUUAAUCACAAAAUUAUCAACUUUAACAACUAAUCUUAAAUAUUUCAAAAAUUAUUAUCAUAAUGAAUCAAUAGAUGAUGAAUCGGAGAAAUUAACAAUCUAUCAAAAUUUUAAUCAAGAUUUAUCUUCAAUUAAUCAGAUAUAUCAAUUAGUAUCUCACGACAUAUCCCGACAACAACAAUAUCACCAUCACCCUCCAACAUCAUCACACUCUUCAUACACAGGCAGUGUCGGCCCAGCUUCCACCUCCCAGCAUAAUGGUACUUCCAACGGCUUCAAUCUAAAACAAUUCAAAUCAGGUCGCGCUGGUAGUAUCACCAGCAGAUCAGACACUCCCAAAACACCAACCGAAACAUAUCACAACACAUUCAAAUCCCCUACUACAACCGAAAGACCCAAACGCUCCUCGGGCGGAUUUCAACUCGUAACAGUCCUCGAACAACCACCAAUACCCGAACUACCACGACAACCCCAGUCCCCAGAAGGCGUGGAAUCAAUGAAUCAGUUCACUUUGGACCAAUUAACUGCCCGAAAACGCCUGCUAAAUGUGAAUCGAUUUUCGUUAAAUUCGAUGAAGUCGAACAUAAGUGGAUUAACGGAGUUGAUUAAUUCUCAUACUACAUUGCCGACAAAUGAAGCGGAUGGGAAUGAUAGUGACAGCGAAGAAAGGGUUGUUUUGAGUAAGUCACAAUUACGUUCUCGAUUAGAAGAGAGUUUUAAUCGGAUAUAUAAUUUAGAAAAUGAGAAUGAAGUGUUGAAGAAAUCCAUGAGUCGAAGUCAAGAACAGAGUGGUUUUGAGUUACAGAGAGAGGAGUUUGGUGGAGGUAGGAGAAAUAAUGGACAGUUUUUGAAUGAAUUAGAAGGAAAAUUGUCACAUAAAUUGUCGAAUAUUACCGAAAGGUCAAUUCAAGGAUAA